CCCCGGGCACCCGCUGCCCGGGACGAGCCCCCCCCGCCCCCGCUCGCCGUCAGCCGCGGGCCCCCGCGGUCGGCGCCGUGCCCGGGGGCGCACACCUGUCCCAGCAUGAAGGUGACCGUGUGCUUCGGCAGGACGGGCAUCGUGGUGCCCUGCAAGGAGGGCCAGCUGCGCGUCCGGGAGCUCACGCAGCAGGCGCUGCAGCGGUACCUGAAGACCCGGGAGCAGGAUCCUGGCUACUGGGUGAAGAUUCAUCACUUAGAAUACACAGAUGGAGGGAUCCUGGAUCCAGAUGAUGUUUUGGCAGAUGUCGUGGAAGACAAAGAUAAGCUGAUUGCUGUGUUUGAUGAACAAGAACCACUCCACAAGAUGGAGAGCCCCAGUGGAAACUCUGCAGGUCGGCAGAGCCCAGAUGCCUUUGAGACGGAAGUGGCUGCCCAGUUGGCUGCAUUUAAACCAAUUGGUGGGGAAAUUGAAGUAACCCCUUCUGCUCUGAAAUUAGGCACUCCACUGCUGGUGAGGAGAAGCAGUGACCCAGCGCCAGGCCCACCUGCUGAUGCCCAGCCAAGUGCUUCACACCCCAGUGGCCAGAGUCUGAAACCUGUUAUUCUAGAUUCCACACAGAACUUAGAAGAUGGAGAAGUUAUGAAUGGUGUACAGCCAGAGCCACCGACAUCGCCGAAAACCAAGGAUGCGCUGAGUGAUAUGACAAGAACAGUGGAGAUUUCUGGGGAAGGAGGCCCCUUAGGAAUACAUGUAGUACCCUUCUUUUCAUCUCUGAGUGGAAGGAUUCUAGGACUCUUCAUCCGCGGCAUUGAAGAAAAUAGCAGGUCCAAGCGGGAGGGACUGUUUCAUGAAAAUGAAUGUAUUGUAAAAAUCAACAAUGUGGACCUCGUAGACAAAACUUUUGCUCAGGCUCAAGAUGUCUUUCGUCAGGCGAUGAAAUCUCCAAAUGUGCUCCUCCAUGUGCUUCCACCGCAAAACCGUGAACAGUAUGAAAAAUCAGUCAUUGGGCCGCUUAACAUUUUUGGUAACAAUGAUGGCGUUUUGAGAACAAAGCUGCCACCUCCGGUCCAUGGAAUAUCAGCAACAAAAACUGUAAAUCUCACAGGAACAGGUAGUCCUGAAGAGGAUGCAUUGACUUCUUUGCAACAAAGCAAGAGCCCCCGAGUACCAAGACAGGGUAGGAAGCCAUCCUCUCCUUCACUCUCCCCUCUCAUGGGAUUUGGCAGCAAGAAAAAUGCAAAGAAAAUUAAGAUUGACCUAAAGAAAGGCCCUGAAGGACUGGGUUUCACGGUUGUCACCAGAGACUCUUCCAUACACGGGCCUGGUCCCAUUUUUGUAAAAAACAUUUUACCAAAGGGAGCAGCAAUAAAAGAUGGCCGCCUGCAAUCAGGGGACAGAAUUUUGGAGGUAAAUGGCAGAGAUGUCACGGGGCGAACUCAGGAAGAGCUCGUGGCCAUGCUGAGGAGCACCAAGCAAGGAGAGACAGCAUCACUGGUCAUCGCCCGUCAAGAAGGAACUUUUCUUCCCCGAGAGCUGAAAGGAGAACCUGACUGCUAUGCACUCUCCUUGGAAACAACCGAGCAACUCACCUUCGAGAUCCCCCUGAAUGACUCAGGUUCUGCUGGUCUUGGUGUGAGCUUAAAAGGGAACAAGUCUCGAGAAUCUGGAACAGACUUGGGAAUCUUUAUCAAAUCCAUCAUCCACGGAGGUGCUGCUUUUAAGGAUGGUCGUCUGCGGAUGAAUGACCAGCUGAUUGCUGUUAAUGGGGAAUCUCUUUUGGGAAAGUCCAACCAUGAAGCUAUGGAGACACUGAGGCGAUCAAUGUCCAUGGAAGGAAACAUUCGAGGGAUGAUCCAAUUGGUGAUUCUGCGGAGACCAGAGAGACCACUGGAGGAGCCUACAGAGUGUGGGACAUUUUCUAAGCCAUGCUUUGAGAAUUGUCAAACCACAAUAACCACCUCCAGGAGAAAUGAUCAUAGCUCAUUGCAUCCAUUUGGCGCUUACAGUUCACAAGACAAACAGAAAGAGCUAUUGCUUCCCAGUGACGGAUGGGCCGAAAGUGAGGUCCCACCUUCUCCACCACCACAUCCCAUUCUGGAAUUGGGCACUGAAGAUUACAGCCACAGCUCUGGGGUGGAUUCGGCAGUAUAUUUUCCAGAUCAGCACAUCCACUUCAGAUCUGUGACACCGGCCAGGCAGCCCGAAUCAAUGAAUCUGAAAGCCUCAAAGAGCAUGGACCUUGUGCCAGAUGAAAGCAAAGUCCACUCAUUGGCUGGUCACAAAUCGGAAUCUCCAAGCAAAGAUUUCGGUCCAACUCUGGGUUUGAAAAAGUCCAGUUCCUUGGAGAGCCUCCAGACUGCGGUGGCUGAGGUUAGGAAGAACGAGCUUCCCUUCCACCGGCCCCGGCCGCACAUGGUUCGAGGCCGGGGCUGCAACGAGAGUUUCCGAGCAGCCAUCGACAAGUCCUACGACGGACCCGAAGAGCUAGAAGCUGACGGUCUGUCUGAUAAGAGCUCCGUGUCGGGCCGAGGAGCUCUGCACUGCGAGUCCACCCCUCCGGGGAGCUGCGAGCAGGAGGACGUGGCAAGUAAAGCCAGCAGAAUCAAAAAACCAAAAGAGAAGGAGAAGAAGAAGAAGAAGGAGAAGAGCAAAUUGAAAGCCAAGGAGAAAAAGCUGAAAGAGGACAAUGAAGACCCAGAGAGGAAAAUCAAGAAAAAAGGAUUCGGUGCCAUGCUGAGAUUUGGAAAGAAGAAAGAUGACAGGGGUGGCAAGGCUGAGCAGAAGGGUACUCUGAAGCAUGGUGGCCUGAGGGAAGAAGAGCUGGAAAAAAUGAAAGAAGAACGUGAAAGGAUUGGAGCAAAACAUCAGGAACUAAGGGAAAAGCAGGCGAGAGGUCUCAUUGAUUAUGCUACUGGUGCAAUUGGAUCACUGCAUGAUAUGGAUGAUGAUGAAAUGGACCCCAACUAUGCCAGAGUGAACCACUUCCGGGAACCAUGUGCCUCCCCAAGUGUCUAUAGGUCACCAUCUCCACCUCGGGCUGGACCACUGGCUUACCAUCAGGAUGGCCGUCCACUGUCUCCAGAGAGGGACCACUUAGAGGGUCUCUAUGCCAAGGUCAACAAACCAUAUCAUCCACCAGUCCCAGUUGACAGUGGCCGUCCUACAAGUGGAAGCACUGACCGCAUCCAGAAGUUACGAAAAGAAUAUUAUCAGGCCCGGAGGGAAGGAUUCACCUUAUAUGAAGACGAUGAGGGAAGAGCAAGGCUAGAUUAUGACCUCCACUGGGUGUCUGGAAAGGGUCCAGAUGGGACUGCACACAACGUCCGCUUUGAGGGGAUGGAGAGACAGUACGCAUCCUUACCCAGGGGAGGACCAGCCGAUCCUAUAGACUAUCUGACGGCAGCACCUCGAGGGCUCUACAAGGAAAGGGAGCUUCCAUAUUACCCUGGGGCUCAUCCCGUGCACCCUCCCAAAGGGAGCUACCCCCGUCCCCCGGAUCUGAGGGUUGCAGACCUCCGGUAUCCUCAGUAUUACCCUCCUCCGCCAGCCCCCCAGCCUAAAGGACCCUUCCGACAAGAUGUUCCACCUUCCCCUCCUCAGCACCACAGAGUGCCAGCCUACCAGGAAAUGGGUAGACCAGGGCCCCGAGGGGGCAGCCCAGACCAGUACCCCUACCGAGCCCAGGAUCCCAGGCAGAAGAACCCCAUGACUGCAGCCGUGUAGCUGAAUACCACCGAGCUCAGCCCAGCCCAGAAGGGCGACAUCUGACAUCACCUUCGCCCUCCCUAGACUCUUAAGGCCUUCCUCCUGUCCAGAAGUCUCCAUGGUACAGAUGGGUUUUGCUCACCGAGGUUGCAACACUUGACUGCUGACCAGUGGGGAAAAGGAGAGGACAGGAGGGUGGGAGAGAAAGGACAGGAGUCACAAAGACAGCACUGCCUAGGAUUUGAAAUAUGUUUAGAAUCUCUCAGUUGAGGGCAAGUGGCAGUUGAGCAGGCAAAUACCAAUGGAGACAUAGCACACGGGGCCUCCCUGGCGCACAUGAGCCCCACAGAACGGGCAACACGGAGGCAGUCUCAGAGGCUCAGCCUCAGCCCCCUUAUUAAAGUUAAGUCUGAAGCGUGGCUGCAAAUAUGGGCAUCUUCAAUGAGGAGGGUUUUUCUUUUUUUUCAUUGAGAAAACAAAAUAACAGCAAACAUGACUUGUGAUCUCCUUGAAAUGUUUAUACCCAGAGGAAGACUGCAUUUCUGUCUUUGCAGAAUUUCCCAGGCUCCCGGUACCACUUGUUUGGUUAUGAGUAUCUUAGAUUUCCUUGCUUUUUAUAUUUAAAAGAAAAUCAGAUAUGAAUGCAGUAUUAGUGUCCUGGGAGAAUGUGCAAAACUAGUCAGAGCUUCCAGAAGGAAUAUAUUCUGAGGGCCAGAUUGAGAGGGCCAAAACUCCCAUGGUCCUCCUCCCCAAGUUCCAGGCAUGAUAACACAGAGAUAUCCAGUUUCAGAAUCCUCCCCAAAUCUCCUGCCUGUAAUUACUGUAACCGGGGCCUCUACUUUAAGGCUCCCACUUGAGGGCUAAAAUGUAAUUGGGAAAGAGAGGGCCCCACUGGUUAGGUCACACAGGAAGCGAUGCCCUGGAGAUGCCAAUUCAUUGCACAAUCAGUGCCAAAUAGUGCCAUCUGCACCUGGGGACAGGGAAGGGCUGAUGUGGCCAUUGGGCAUGAUAACCAGGAGGUAGUAGAUGGCAGUGACUGUGUGUAUAUGUAUGUGUGUGUGUGUGAAGGCACGUGAGUUACCAGUAUGGAGAAUGUGAGAUAAAAAUGCUUCCUGAAAAGUUUGAUGAGGAAGGAAAUAAAAAGGAAAAAAAAAUCAGAAGGGAAAGGAAAAGAGUUAUAAAAUGUGAUCAUGAUCUGUCUGCUGUAUUUCAGUAACAAAAAUCAGGGCAUCUCCAAUUGGGAAUAGAAAGUCUUACGGCUCUGAAAAGCUGACACCCCACCCUUCAAAACCCAUCACAUCCCCUUUGAGUUUUGCAGUGAUUUUCUACUUAUUCCAGUAGGACUUCUGACACUUCCAACCUGACCCAAGUGAGGACACAACAAAAGCCUGAGACGCAGCAAAACUCAGGAGCAGCGCUUGAAUUGUUCACAGUGACGCUCAAGAGACUUUAAGUCUCUGCCACUCCUUCUCCAUUCCCUCCAAAAAAAAAGUCUUGAGUUCAAUUUAGACACAUUUUGCCUGAGAUUAGAAUACCUCUGACUGACAGGGUUUAAUAAAUUAUAAUAUUAUUGAAUAUAUGGAAUAUCCAAUCCCAAUUAGUCUUUUAGUUUUUUAAUUUAAUAUAACAGUUCUGUUUCCAGGAAUGAAGCAGCCGCUGGUUGUAGACAUAAACAGUGUCAUUUACUGGACUUUCAGAGGUAUCAUUUCCUAAACCACGGUUUACUGAUGGCCAUCUUAAAAAUAGACUUUCAAGCUGGUUUGGGCCACCUGCCACUUCUCUCAAGCUGGCACCCGACCCCGUUUGCAGUCCGUGUGAGGACACGUAGGGUCUCGAGCCCUGGUCACGUAGAGGUCACGUCCAGGUGAGCUGCAGGGCUUCUCCACCAGCAUGCUGAAGGACAUUUUCCCCUCAAACUAAAUGAACUCCCAGGAAGAAAAUGACAAAGUGAGGGCCGUGCAACGUGUUUGGGAGCACUAAAAAUCAGCUCUUCGGUGGGUCUCAUAGUUUAACCAGAUUUCGCUACGCUGUUGAACAUAGUGGAGCCAGAAGUCUCCUUCUGGGUCAAGGCCAAGGCCAGAGGCAGUAGGAGAAGCUGAGAUUUGGUGCAUACUGGAGGCACAGCCCUGGUUGGAAGCAUGCCCAUGUUUUCACCACGUCGCCACCUUGGGAGCACCGUACCUCCAGCUUACGGGCUCACGACAUGCUGCUCCAAACAUGGUUUUGUGUUGUCUACACAGUCAACAGAACACUGGCUAAUCCCGAGGGGGCAGCCAGAGAUGCAAAGGUACUAUUAACAUGGACCAAAAAUAGAGCAGUUUUCUUUUCUUGCUUGAAGUGUAACACGUGCCCUAUUUGACCCUGCCCCGAAGAAGCUAACGUGUGUGGUGUGACAGAGGCUCUGCAAGCCAAGCCACAAUUAAGAACAGCUCAAAUGUAAGCUCUAUAAAUGCCCGUGUACCAACCCGCCACUUGUCACCACAGAGCUCUUUCCCAGUAUCUAAGAGAACAGGUUGUUUAGAGUAUUCAGAAGACCAGGCUGUAAUCAGUAGGUGCCCAGUAGCAGGAAAUAGCCCCCGGUUUGUUUAUGGCCUUGGAAAGACUCAAUCAGGUGUCUGCUGGCCGCUCCAAAUACUCCUAACCCCUCAGGGACAGAGUGGCACGGUGAGCGGCAAACCCACCAACAUACACCCACCUGCUCCCCAUCUGACUGCUGGGUUGCUGAGGCCUCGAAAUGAUGUUUGGGCCUCCAGUCACUAGCUAUUAUAAGGAGCUCUGUUUUAUCCCUUUCUGCAGGAGGAGAGAGAGGAAAGGGAGCAGAUCGUUGAAAACUUUGAGGUGCAGGAGCAUUCAGUCCUCUGUCAGGGAAAGAAACGCUGCAUCUCACUAACCCCUUGUGCCAUCAGACUGUGGCAGUGUCACUCUUGGUUGAAAAUUGCUUCCCCACAAUAUCAAAGCAGUGGAUGAAAGGCAAUCUCAAAGACAGGAGCAUCUUUUUAAGUCAUAAUUGAGUAACAAACAAAAAUUGGAAAAUGAAAUUACCGUGAAGCUCGUUAUUCUUAGAUUUAUGGGUCAACAUGCAUUGACCUCCACGGGACGGCGUGGAGCAAAGAUUUUAUAGUCAAGAGUGGGGUAGACCCACUGUCACCCCAUGAAGCCAACUGUGCCUGCUGCCCGAUAAAGGAGGUUUGUGGCUUCGUUGUAGCUUUAUUUGUGCCACCAACUAGAUAAAAUUACAACAUGAUUCAUUAUUCCCUUUAAAGAUUUAUGACCUUGUUGAGCUGUCUUCAGAAAAAAAUGCACCUGACAACUUCAGAAGUUGUCAUGCCUAAAGUCUAAAUACAUAAGGAUCCAGCCUUUAAAAAGCAUUUGUUCCCCUAACCUAUAACCCCAGCAUCUGCUUUCUUUGGAGAAACAUCUUAGCCUUUCAGGGGGAUAGAUCUGCAGGGUUUGGAUAGGAAUGUGUGUCUAUAAAAUUCCCAUAGGCAUUGAACUCAGAAAAUCCACAAUGAACCGCCUUCAAAUUGGUGCUAAAUUGGGUAGACACCCUACUGCUUUCUGAGUCCAGGAGCAACAAAAAGUCCAGAUUUAGUGCAAUUAGGUGGGAGGGAGUUGGAUCCAGAAACAGCCACAGGAGUCUUUCUCUGCACGCCCAGUUCUCAACCGACUUAGUUGGAAAGGAUGCCACAAUGAGACCAGAAAGAGGAGUCUCCAUAAAGUAUCCCUACAAAGUCACCUCUCUGGAAGAAAAAAAAAAAAAAAAGAGAGAGAGAAUAAAAGGUAGAUAUCUAAAAUAAGCCUAGAAUCUCAUAUGCAGCUACUACUUCUAAGGGAAACUCUCUUCUCCCUCAUGUCCUUAAAUAGUAAUAAAAUCACACAGCGCCUGACUUUUAAAGAUGGGCUUAACUCCCCAGCCUGGAGUGCUGAGUGAACUAACCCCAAAGACUGGCUCCUGACUCAGCUCUGAGAGAGUGUGCUCUUCCCUCUGUGCUGACAGCCGCGCUGUUUACUACUGGAACAUAAAAACAAGCCCUACUGUUUAUACAGUCACUUCUCCUAGUGUUUUCCUGUGCUUUUAUGACACCAAGUCUGUUCAUAAGUUCUGAAGAUAAAUUAUGUGAGAUCCUAUUUUGGCAUAUGGGGGUGGAGAAUGAAUUCUUUACAGACUUUUUAGGAUGAUCCCAUUUGUACCACAGAAAACAUUUUGGAAGUUGUUAUAUAUGAAUAUAUAAAUUUUUCUUGUUUUAUUUUGCAUUAAAAUAAAGCUUUAUUCAGUCAGUAAGACA